UACCAGCUGUACGCACAGGUGCUUGUGUAACCAUAUACCUAUGUGUUUUAUACAUCUUAUCCUAAUUCGUGUUGGUGAUAACUAUUAAGGAUAAUAGCGAUAGAUAAUACGGACCCGUCGAUUUCGAUGUUUCCAGCCGAAUCAAAUUUGUAGCACCUGCCUUUCUGUUUCUGGUUUCCACUGCUACGGAAAUACGGAAUCAAGUAUAAACACCUUAAUAACAUUCGGAGUGCACGUGUGUCCGGUUAAACGCGUAGGACACCCGGCACCAAUGAUACCGUUGCUGCAGAGGCGUCUGAGGGAUCGGACCAUAUCGGCCGUCGAACUGUAUGCCAAGACGCUGACCGGUUUGGAAGACAAAUCGCAUCUGAAUGCAUUUGUUCAUGUCAACGGAGACGGAGCACGACGAGCGGAAGAAUGCCACGAACGAUUUCAAAACGGUAAGUGGUUAGACCAGUGGCUAAAUAAACGAUUACUUGCCGGAUUAACGAUUAUUAAUAUUACGUGCGACUGUUCAGGUAUACAAAGACCUCUGGAAGGAAUUCCGAUAGCGGUUAAAGACAACUUCUGCACAAAAAAUGUUCCCACCACGUGCGCGUCAAAAAUGUUACAAAAUUUUGUUCCCACCUAUGAUGCUACAGUUGUAGAACGUCUGAAAUCCGCAGGAGCUGUAAUCAUCGGAAAAACCAAUUUGGACGAAUUCGCCAUGGGGUAGGUUAGUUUUUGAUCGAGCCGAUAUGUGUAAAAAUUUCAUUUUUUUCAUGAAGUUCCGGUACUGUAGACUCGAUUUUCGGUCCUACUAAAAACGUAUGGUGUUCGAAACGAGACGAAUGGCACAUUGCGGGUGGCAGUUCGGGUGGAAGUUGUACAGCAGUUGCUUCUGGAGUUUGCACAGUGUAAGUAUUUAAAUCAAAGUGUAAUAUUUUGGGCGUAAUUAAAAUAGUUACAAUAUCAGUUUUCAUAAAAAUCUAGGGCAUUGGGCUCGGACACUGGUGGUUCAAUAAGAAACCCGGCAUCAUACUGUGGUAUAGUUGGUUACAAGCCUAGUUACGGCUUGUUGUCACGUCAUGGGUUGAUACCACUAGUGAAUUCGAUGGAUGCGCCUGGUAUUAUCUCCAAAACUGUUGAAGAUGUUAACAUUGUGUUGAGUGUAAUCAUCGGAUCAGAUUCAAAAGAUUCAACAUGCGUGAACGCCAAUUUGGAUACCCGUGAGUUCUAUGAUAAUUUUUCAAUUGAAAAUUGUCGUAUUGGAAUACCUGAAGAAUACCACUGUGAACACUUAUCAAACGAAGUCAAAGAAACUUGGAAUUUCAUUGCAGACCUUAUUGAUGAUUCUAAUAGCAAAGUAGAAAAGGUAACACUAGUUAGCUGUAUUCAUUAUGAACUACCCCAAGACAAAUUUAAUGUUACUUAAUAGGUUUCAAUGCCUCAUACUAGUGUUUCAAUAGCUACAUAUUCGGUGUUAAACGCUUGUGAAGUAGCCAGCAAUAUGUCACGGUACACGGGAUUUUUAUAUGGUCAUCGAUCGACAAAUGACCAUGAAUCUUUUGGAUCAUUAAUAACAGCCAGUCGAAUGGAAGGUUUAGGAGAAGUAGUCAGGUCUCGGAUUUUAAGCGGAAAUUUUUUCCUUUUACAAAGGUACCUAUUUUUAUUGAAUAUUUUAAUUAUUUUAAAUAAUAAUAUAUAUUACGCCAUUUAAAUGUACUACAGUUCUAAAAUAAUUUAAACAAUACACAAGUAAAAGAUGAUCCCCCAAAAAGUCAAAGCUCGUGCUUAGGGUAAGUGAGGUUAAAAAAGUCAACAGUUUUAACUUAUUAAAAUAAACUUCUUACAGAUUAAAGCUAACUACAUACUCAAAUUUCUGCUAUAAAUUAAGGUUAAUUAAAUAUUAAAUUUAAGGUACACAAAUAGUUAACCGACAUUGCUUUUGUUUGAACCUACUAAUAUCCAUAUUUAACUUUCUACAUAAAUCGAUUCUUACAUUAACAGUAUUGACUUUUUCAAAUUCCUUAUUAACUUUUACACAAUUUAAAUUACUUAAAAUUUUUAGGUGUAAAUAUUAUGUGGUUUAAAAAUCUCCACAUCAGUUUUAAAUAGAUUUAAGAUUAUUUUUUUUUACACUAAGGGGUUUUUAAAUUUAAUACUUUUAAAACACAAAACAAAUUAAUUGUCAGUUACAACCUAGGUUUUUUGUAAAAUUAUUUUUAUUAACCAACGCAUCAUAGUUUCUAAGCACUCAAGAUAAGUAUUGUAUAUUUUGCCCCAGAAACCAGCUAUUGACUGCAUAAGUGAAAAGUUAACUAUUUUUAAUUAUGAAGGAGACAGAAUAUGCCUUAGCUCUUUGAAAAUAUAAAAAAAGUCUACAAAUUAAAAUAUUAAUAUGCUGUAUAUGAUUUGACCAUUUGAAUUUGUCAUCAACCACUUAACAUCCAAAUACUUUAUUAUAUCUACAUUUUGAAUACCUAAGCAUGAAUAAUUCACAGACUGUGAACAGUCAAAGUUAUGAAUUACUAGAAGUUCUGUAAAUUUUAGAGAUGCAUUUAACAAACAAAAAAAAAAAACAUACCUAUACUUAUUUAAAUUAAGCUCUUAAAUAUUAUUUUCCAACCAAUUAUUAACUAUUUUUAAAUAAGAAACAGACAAUUCUUUUAACUCAGUCACAUUGUUUGCUUAAUUAAAAUUACUGUAUCAUCUGCAUAUGCAAGAAUGGUUCCAUUUAUAUUAAUAUCCAACAACCCAUUAAUAUUAAUAAUAAAUAGAAUUGGCCCAAGAACUGUACCUUGCGGGAUUCCGUGUUUAGUUAUUAGAGCAUCAUUAUAAAUGCCACUGAUUUUUACUACUCGUAACCUAUUCAUUAGGUAUAUUGUAAAUAAAUCUGAAGCUUUCUAAGAAGCUUAACUUCUUGUUGUAGUUAAAAAAAAAAACUGUUUUCAACUUCAAUAAUCCUUUAUCUUGUUCAUUCAACUUUAGUAAUACAUUAUCAAUUUUCUUAUUAAAUUAAUCAAUUUUAUCAGAUAGAAACAAAAUCAAUUUUUCAAUUGCUGAAUGAGACGAAGUUAGAUUAUCUAACCUAAGCAGUAUUUUGUUAACAGAGUAAUUUAAAAUACUUAAAUCAUCAGGUCAAUUAUUUUUACUAGUUACAUUCUGACUACCAAAAUUAAGACGAUUUUUCCUGUUCGUAAAACGCUUAAUAUUGCAAUUAUCACAUACCCAUUUUUCUUUGUCAAUUUUGAGAAUAUCAACUCCAGAACAUGAAGUGUGACAUUUUAGCAUACAUUUGUGACAUGAGAUAGUUUUCCUUGGUAAUAAAUCCUUAGAAAAAGCCAAUUAGUCUAUAAUAAUAAAAGUAAAAGUUAAAACGAGACAAAAAUAAAUUUACAAUAACAGUCAUAUGAAAAGAUAUCCCAAAUGAUUGAUAUGAACGUUUUUAACGGGAUAAUAUAUUUUUUUUUUUUUUUUUAGCAAUUAUGAAAAGUAUUUUAUGCAGGCAUUAAAAGUAAGACGGUUGAUAUCAGAUGAUUUUCAACAAAUAUGGAAAUCAAACUAUGAUUUUUUAGUUACACCCACCACAUUAACUACAGCUCCAUUACUGUCUGAAUAUAAGUCUUUAGAUAACCGCACACAGUGUGCUACACAAGACUACUGUACCCAACCUGCGAAUAUGGCUGGUAAGUUUAAUGUAUAAUGUAAACUAAUGGUGGUUUUUAGUUAACUUUUGUGUACA